GAAGUAUAUAUUUUAAUGUUGAUAGUAUUUAUGAUUAAAAUACACGUCGCAUAGAUUAAUGCAAGUCAUAGAGAUAGCGCAAAUCGCAAGGAUUCUUUUUUUUUUUUUAAAGGAAAGUACAAUUCAAUCAAGGAUGAAUAAUCACUUUACAAGAGUUUUCGAAUAAAAAAAAGAAACAGUUUCAGAUUCUUAUUAAUUUCUUUGCUUUUUUUAUUAAAACUGUGUGGAUCUGUGAAUAUAUAUAGACUUCACCACACAUACCAAUAUGUUGAAUAAAAUUCAUAGCAAACCCAAAAUUGAAAUACAAUGUUAAAAAUUUUGAAAUGUACGAUAUAAAAAAGAGAUAAAGCUUCCUUCAAUGUGAUCCAUGUUUAUUAUCUGUAGUAUCUAUUUUAUUAUCCAUAUUUUAAUUAUCUAUAUUAAUUAUCUAUAAUAUAUCUAUUACACAACAAUAUAAGUAAUUUAUUUACUUAGCUUUAUAUAGAUAUACUGUACUUGUGUUAAAUGCAUCGCGUGAUGCGGCACAUCUACGACACAAAUAUUUAUGUAAGAAGAUAAGAUAUAUGAUAUUUGUGUCUGCGUUUGUCUCUUGACAUUACUUCUUCGCUCGAGGUAACGAUUCAAUUGCUAUUCAUUUAGUAUCACAAUUAUAUUGUAUUCGGCUUAAAAGUAUUUAGUGUAACCGUUAAAAAUGAUAGAUGCAAAGAUCAUCGAUAUCGAAGUGCAGGAUAUAAGAUUUCCGACAUCAUUACAGCAUCAUGGAAGCGACGCAAUGCAUACUGAUCCUGAUUACUCUUGCGCAUAUGUAACGAUCAAAACGGACACAGAAUAUGAAGGGUAUGGCCUUACUUUUACUCUAGGAAGGGGAACUGAAAUUGUUGUGCUAGCAUGUAAAUCCUUAUUUAAAAUCGUUAAAAAUCAUACAACUAAAGAGAUUUAUACCAACUUUGCGUCAUUCUGGAGAAAGUUGACAUGUGACACACAAUUGAGAUGGAUCGGACCGGAAAAGGGCGUGAUACAUUUAGCUACAGCGGCUAUCGUAAACGCAUUGUGGGAUUUAUGGGCACGUAUCGAAAGCAAACCUGUCUGGAAGCUUCUUACAGACAUGUCGCCCGAACAGCUCGUUUCCACUAUAGAUUUUAGAUAUAUAGAUAUAGUGACCGAGCAGGAGGCGAUAGAAAUGCUUGAGAGAAAUGCAGUACAUAAAAAAAUUAAAGAACUCAUGCUGAGAGAAAAUGGAUUUCCCGCGUAUACAACUCAGGUCGGAUGGCUGGGGUACAGUGAUCAACAAGUCGAAGAUCUUUGUAAAUCGUUCUUGGACCGUGGUUUUAAGGCGUUCAAAAUAAAAGUGGGUCAGAAUUUGGACGAUGACAUUAGAAGGUGCGAAAUGAUACGCAAAGUGAUAGGCUAUGAGAAUAAAUUGAUGCUGGACGCGAAUCAAGUCUGGGAAGUGGGACAGGCGAUAGAAUGGAUGAAAAAAUUGGCGAAAUACAAACCCUUUUGGAUAGAGGAACCGACGUCUCCCGACGAUAUCUUUGGGCACUCUCAAAUAAAAGACGCGUUAAACAAUUAUAAUAUCGGAAUUGCUAGCGGCGAAAUGUGCGCGAAUCGCGUUAUGUUUAAACAAUUUUUGAUGUUUGGACUUAACUUUUGUCAAAUCGACGCGGCAAGGAUUGGCGGGAUUAAUGAAAUUUUGGCCGUAUAUUUCAUGGCAAAAAAAUUGAAAGUACCAGUAUGCCCACACGCUGGUGGAGUAGGUUUGUGCGAAAUGGUUCAACAUCUUCAAAUGUGGGACUAUAUUUGCUUAAGUCAAACCACUGAAAAUCGUAUGAUAGAAUAUGUGGAUCAACAACACGAACAUUUUGAAAAUCCUGUCCAUAUAAGGAAUGCCUAUUAUAUGCCGCCUUUGUCCUCUGGAUACUCAACUAAAUUUAAAAACGAGUGUAUCAUGGAGUAUGCUUAUCCAAAAGGUAACUAUUGGAAAUCCCAUGAAACUAAAUAAAAAAUUUUGAGAAAUAAAUAUCAUUGUGAAGAACAAAUUUGUAAAAAAUUCAUAUAAACAUGUUUAUAAUUCUUUGUUAAAAACGUUCUGUAUAUCUAUAUAUAUAUAUGUACAUCUUGUAAUUCAAAUAAAUUGUAAAACACA